UUUAUUACAAAUGUGUUGUUUAAUAUUUCCAGAAAUAGGAUAACAUAUCCUUUUUUAAAUUUCUGCUUAUUCCUCAGAAUAAAUUUUCAUAACUUUUAAAAAUUUGUAACUGUUUGAAAUUUGCCACAAUGUGGACUUACAAGGAGGUUAUAAGCACCGAGACAGCCAUUAAGAUGUCGCCCACUUGUCGGGGCUGGCCGACUUCGUGCUGGUUUCUUGUAAAGGCGAUUGGUGGUUGUCGGGCUGUGGGACUGGAUGAUCAUCAGUUUUUGUGGCUUUUACUCACUAUUUUAACGUUCUCAAUCAUGUUUGCCCUACAAAUGAUAAAGCGUUACCAGAAUAAGCUUCGCGUCGAUAUACUACUUGAACAGGAACUAAAUCAGAAACGCUUCGAAGAGAGCAUGGACAAUUUACUUGCAGCCAGAACUUUACAGAAGAAUCUCGAGCAAUAUGAUAGCCUAUUCAAUGAUAUGUUAAAAAUCCUAUAAGGAGGCAUCUACCUACUCGACCUCUCUACAGAGCACUUCCUGUACCAGUCAUUGCACACAAACGGUAACUACAAGCCCGAUAAGGCGGACCCGGAUACCAUCACCUUCCCCAACCAGGCAGUAUACUCGGGCUCCAACUGAAAGAUCUAAGUCUUCCCAUUUAACUCAGUUUUUUUCACGCAUCAAAACUCCUCCAGUCCGGCGCAAUUGAUUUUAAAAUAUGGCUAGAAGGGUUAGUUGUUUAGAUUUUGAUUUG